AUCAUUUGCCCUAUUAUAAAUUUCUUUAUUUUCAUUCCUUUUCUUCCCAUUACCAUUUAAAAAAACAUUCAGUAUGAGACAACCACAACCUUAGGAAAUCCAAAAUGAAGUUUCCAAAUAAUUAUGUAAUUUCUUAAAGAAAAAAAUAUCCAAAUAAUCUGACUAGUUGUCCUAAAAUUAAAAUACAAAAACUUUUUUUGUAAUUGGCAAUUAGUCAUAUUAUGUUGCUGCAGACCCAUUAAUUCUGCAUUAUUGAGAGCUUUGGACAUGAAAGCUCAAUUCAAGGUCAAUUAGAAUAACUCUAUUUUUUCUGAAAGGUCCAAUUUCCAAAAGGUCUUGCCACAGCAUCUCCACCAGAUUUAAGUCUGAGCUUUGACUAGGCAACUUCAAAUCCUACAUUUUGAUUUUGUCUGAAUGUUUUUGUGCCAUUCAAACUAAGACUUUCUGAUCAGCUUUGGACCAUUGUGCAUACCACUGAUUUGCUUAAGCUAAUGGUCACAAACUGAUGGCUGGACAUUCUCCCUCAAGAUUUUCUGAAUGAAAGUAUCAUCUGUUCUUUUUCAUGGAAAUGUAGAUGUUUUUUGAGAAACUGAGUCAGGCCUUCCUGUUCUUCUUGGUCAGCAGUGGCUUUGGCCUUGGGAAUCUCCCAUAAAAGCCAUUUUUUCAGUUUUUAUCUUAUCGUUAAAUUAUGCACACUGAGCUUGAGUCAGGCAAAUAAGGCCUUCAGUGCUUUAGAUGUAAUUAUGUGUUGUUUCGUGAGCUCCUGAUCAGUCUUCAGAAAGUUCACUACUCUCUAUGUUUUCUCCAUUUGUUUAUGGCGGUCCUUAUUAUGAAGAGUCAAAGCAAUCUUUUCCAGAUUGAUAGAUGUGAAUGACGUUGUGUCUCAUUUGAUCUUGAAUAUCUUUAGGACACAGUUGAAAUUCAGGUGUAGCAAUUUAUAGCAGAAAUAUUGUGCAGUUAUUAGAAAAAGGCAAAUCAGACUCACGAUCUAAGGGAUGUGCAACUGAGUCGGAUCACUUUUUCAAAACUGUACAUUUUUGUGCAUGUUCAACAAUGCAAUUAAAAAAUAUCUUCAUAUUACAGGUCUUGCAGUAAUUUGUUUCUAUGUAAUUUCCCCCUGGAUGUGUGAGCAAGCGGCUCUUGAACCUUUGACAGGAAAACAAACUAUUUGCAGCUGUAGGUUUGUAUGAGUCAUUUUCUAUUUAAACUGACAUUUUCAAGAAAACAGUAUCUAAGUGUGAAAAUGAUCCAAAGAUAGAACACAAUUCUUAUUGACGUCCUUUUUACACUUCAGUGAUGACCUUUCAGAAUGAAUCAGUUCAAUGAUCAGAGAUGACCAAAUAUGGUCAAGUGUUUCUCACCCUGCAGUCUAAAAACAAACAGUUCUUUCAAUUCAAAAAUAUGGUUUAUCUUUGUUUCUGAUGGAUUUUAUCCAAUUAACAUUAUACUGGAAAGUCAGGUUAGCUUCUGAGCUUCACUGUAUAAUAUGAAAUAUCAUACCAUGUAAUUGUUUCAUGACUCGAAAUAUUUUAAGUCAGCUUUUGCUUUUUGGGAAGGGUAAUGUUACGCUUUUCUAUGCAAAUAUAAUGAGAAUUUAAGCAGUUUUGAAGUGGCAGUACAUACAAAUAUAUAUCGAUAAAUACAAGAUAUGUAUUUAUCAUCUGCCAAAUGUUCUAAAAGAAUCCAUUAAGUAUUUUCACAUAUUACUAAGGUGUUGCUGCAACUGUACAGAAAGCAAGUAAACACGUCUGAACAGAGAAUUUGAUUCAAAACAUGCACACCCAAAAACUAACAAACAAACAAGACAAAAAAAACUUGAAAAAUACAAAUGUACAAAUGGAUAUUCACAGAAGAUCUCUGAUCUGAUGUCACCAGAGACACAUGUACUUAGAGGUUUGUAUUUUUUUGGGAGGAUGGAUUUGAUCUUGAUUAAAUAACAUUUCAAAACAAAAUAAUCUUACCAGGUCAUAUUCUAAAUCUGACAAAUUUAGAUUGUAGCUACAGUUAGUUUGACUGGUUGAGAAAAGGUGAACUAGUAGCUUUAAUCAGGUUUUCCAGGUUUCAAUACUUGGUUUGUAUGAAUUGAUAUCAUUUUCCCAAAAGAAGGCAUAUGCAUUUUCACAGUGGUUUAGAGUAAGGAGGGGGCUUAGAUAAGAAUCAGCCACACACACAAAAGUAAAUUAUAGAGCAGUCUUGAGUAAUGUUUUGAUAAUUAUCACAGAAACAAAAAAAGGAGCUCGAUCAGUGAGGGAUCCUGGGAAAAAGCAACAACACACACAGGAGAAGAAUGUGAGAAAAAUCAGCAGAACAGAGCAACCAUUGAAAGUGCAGUUUACUGCGGAUGAUUCACACUGGUAUCACACUGCUUUCUCAGGGCCGGAUUUGGUCUGAGAUGAGGGGCCCCACCCUCAUGUAACUGGGGAUGGGCAUGCUGGAAAGUGCCAAGGUUUGUUGUAUCUUAUAGGAUAUGACUUGGGUAGAACUGGGACAAAAGGAAGGAAAGAAAAGUGACAGGUCAGACAGGAAGCUGAAACAAGCCCUCACAGCCCUGAGAGAAAAACACAGAUAUCAAAUAAGUAGACCACCCAAAUGAAUUAGCACAGCCUGCCGGAUAAACAAACAAACCUUCAGUGGAGCAGUGAACCAAAAAGGAAGUUUAUUCAUAUUUACUCCACUUACAGACUGGAUUUCUCUCAGGAAAAAAAUAAAUAUGGGUCAAACAAGAGUUAACCACAAUCCCUGAGGAAGCAAGAACUCAUGAUUUGAUUGUUAAAGAUGGUCAAAUUAAUAUCAGAACUGGGAACAAAACUGCUUUUCAUUCAGUCACAUGAAUGUUACGUGGAAAUGUUGUCUAAAUUUCCACAAUCUAGAACAGUCAGCUUUUGUUUCUUAUCUUUUAGAAAGUUAUGUCUUUUGUGCCAACAGACAAAACGAAAACAUGGUAAAACAUCACGUGGUUUUUGCUGCUUCUCUGAAUCCAUAACUGAACACAAAUUCACAAUUAUAAAUAGGAUACAAACAAAAUCUUAUUUUGCAUUCUCUAUUUACAUCUGGUUUGUGGACCUCCUGAAAUAUCUUGUUUCAUGACCAGUUUAUUUAUUUAUUUAUUUAUUUAUUUAUUAGCUUUUUCUUCAAGGAUAAUUUUCCUUCAUUGCGUCAGUCAGGCGUUUUGAUUUUACACCACAAGAUGGCGACAAAAUAACAAGGAAUUUCAGGAAUGUGACUGUAUUAAACAACUAAAUGCUAUAACCAAGAAACUUUUGUGUUUCAAACUGACCCCGAAAACGAAAAAAAUAAUGAAAUAAAAUAAGAUAAAAAUUCUGAAUAAUCAAAUAAUUGAGAGGCCACUUUGACGACCGUAUGAAUGCUUCGUUUGUUAAUGUGACUGUUUUUGUAAUGCAACUAAAACAUGUUGGUAAUUGUGCUUACUUUUUCGCAUCAAAAUAAUAAAAAAUACUCGGAAAAAAAAAUUAAAAUGGCACAGUUCUUUUGGCUGACCUGGGAGGUCAGUUUAAGAUGUUAAUUUCCAGGAUAUUACAUAUCAAAUGGGCGGAGAACUGAAGACGUUUCCUCUGUGCUUGGACGCUGACAAUGACAGAGUCCGUCCAACAGAGCAACAUGACACAUUCUGGCUAUUUUAUAUGGAUUUUCAUCUCCUCAUGUGGUAUAAUUGCCAGUAAUGUGAAGAAUUUGCCUCAUGUGAUAAAGUACCAAACAGCGACACCUCAGAGGUUGCAGGGCAUGCCUCUUCCAAACGAUGUUGCUGCUGCACACAAGAAAUACCCAGAUGUAGUUCAGUACUCUGUUAGUAUUGCUGGGAAAAACCACACUCUGCACCUGGAGAAGAACAAAGGUUUUUGUUGGGAAAAGCUUUGCUGUGACCUACAAUUCUGAUCAGGGUACCCAAGUUUCAACUACCUCCAACCAUGAGGUAUGUCCAUUUAUUGUUUGCUGUUGGCAUUUUAUUUGGUAAACUUGAAUUAUAGGACAAAGUACUUAUUUUGGCUUGGCUUAAUAAGCAGCAGAAAAUUAUGCAACACUUUACAGAGAGAGAGAGACAGAAAGAGUUUGACCUGGCGCUGAAUUCUGUCACAGCUUGUCUCUGCUAAAUGAAAGUGACAGGGGGGGAGAUUUCACUGAGCAGCUGUGGCACAUUGGUCAGUGUGUCCAAUUGAAAGUGAAGAAUGGACUCUCAGGACAUCCUGCAACAUGAAAAUACUUAAUUUUACAUGUCUCCAUAUGAGAUUAAUUAAUUAAUUUGUUUGUUUAUACAUUUAUGUUUUACCCACAUUUUCUUAUUUUAUUAUGGUCAUUAAAACUAUCUAACUAACUAUAAGAUGUUAAUCUGGAUAGUUAGAGAACAAAAGAUCAAAAUACUGUUGAAACCAUCUCUGGAGAUAAUGAGGGAUGUUAUAGGAUUAAAAAAACAUGUAUGUACAAGGAAAUAAAUGAUCAGAUUCCUCAUGUUUCAUGUACAUGACUGCAUUUCUGGUACAUGAUCUAACCUGACCUAAACUAAGAGGAAAUGUUACAAAGAACUGUUUGUGGGCUUUUAUGGUUGUUUUAUAUUUCAAAUGGUCACUUUAAUGUCUAUUUAUGUUUUUAUUACUGAGUGGUUGUCGUGUGGCUACCCAAUGAAUGCUAAGUGUUUUUUGUGCAUUACUUUAAACUGUUUUCCCUUUUGUUUUAUUUUUACUUGUGUUUUAUGAUCUUUUUUUGAUAUUUCAUCCUGGUAUUUGUGUCUAUCAUGUGGAUUUUAUAUUACAGCAUCAGUAGCAGAGGCGUUAUAGCUCCACAAGCUGCUCUGUAGUGCACCAUUCAGCACUAUGAUUGGCUCUUUAUCCAUUGUGUAGCUUUUCAUUAUAAUUUCAGGUUCUUUUUAUUUUUUUUAAUCAAAAUUAACAGAUGUAUCUUGCGUCAUGAUUGUAAUUCUUAAAUAUAUCUCGCAAAUAUCUGCAACCACAGUGAUGGAAAGAUUGUGCCUUCAUUUGUAUUCCGUUUAAAUAAAUCACUCAAACUAUUUAUUCCUUCGUGUUUUCAUUCAGAAGCCAUUUGUUUGGGUUCAAAAGUGGUUACCUAGCAAUCUAUGAAACAAACACAUUACCAGACAGAGCUAAUUGUUUUACGCUCAGAGAUGUGUAUGGUUCUGGGAAUGGAUCGUUUACUUAGUGAGAAGGAAGAGCGGGAUACGCUUACCUGGAUAGAUAAAAUACCUUUCUCCAGGCCAAAAAAAAACGUCAGCAGGGACUUCAGUGAUGGAGUGAUGGUUGCGGAGAUUGUUAAGCAUUAUUUCCCAAGGAUUGUUGACAUUCACAACUAUAUUACUUCCUGCAAGACGCAGCAGAAACGCAACAACUGGAAACUUCUCAACAAGAAGGUGUUUUCCAAGCUGGACUUUUAUGUCUCAGAGGACAUGGUGGAGAAGAUUGUUUCAAGCACUCCUGGUGUGAUACUGCAAGUGCUGUUUUCCCUCAAGGAGAAGUUAGAGAAGAAACUGACAUUUUCAGAUGUAGAAAUUCAACAGGCCGAGGCAGAAAUUGUGGCUCAACUGGAAAAGAUGAAGAUUACAGAGCCAACAGUGGAACCGCAUCAAGUGAUAUAUUUCACAGAGAUGAGCCUUUCAGCAACCCGGCAAGUCAUACUGGAAAAAGAACUUCAGAUUGAGGAACUUCAGGAUAUUCUGAGGAACCUCUGGGUGAAAAUGAGCAAGUUGGAGGAGCUCAUUCAAUUGAAGGACAAGCGCAUUGAACAUCUGACAAGUCUUUCAGAGAUGUAUUAAACUAAAAUAAUGCUUGCCAGUCCGUGAGUCACCUCCGGCUAUUUUUUUUUUUUCUUUUGCCACAUCGGUAUUUGUUUUAAGAUGUAAUUAUUAAAGAACAACUACCAUACAUGUCCAUCCUUCCUUUUAUUCUAUAUUCUAAACAUAUUUGGAUAUAAAACAUUGUACACCAAGAUGCAAGUUUUUGAUAACAUUUCAUCUUUUAAGCUUUUAUGUGACUUCCAUACACGUGACCAUAUAUUUAUAUGUGGUCACUUGUGUAUGUUAGUCGUAUGUGACUAUUUCUGUCUACAAUGUGGGGUUGUGAGGACCACUGGUCCUUGUGGCGACAUUUUCUUGGUCCCCAUGAGGGGAAAUGGUUUGUGACUAGGGUUUAUGAGUCUGUGAUGGUUAGGUUGAGGGUUAAGGUAAGUGUUAGGCUGUAGAAAAUGAAUGGAAGUCAAUGUAUCGUCCCCACAAUGAAAACACAACUAUGUGUGUGUGAAGUUAAAUCAAAGGAUGAUUCAAUGCAGCAUUUAAGGAUGCAUAUGCAACCAGAUCACUGCAGGCUUUUUACAUUUUUCUCUAAAUCAGUUUUCUAUAUCUGUUUUUCAGAUAAGUUGUGCAAAAGUAAGCAAAAGUCCUAAAAUAAUUAUUCUGGUGUCAUUUGUUACAUUACAUAAACAUCCCAUUUUAUACUUCGCAAUUGUCUGCAACCACGGUGAUGGAAAGAUUGUGCCUUCAUUUGUAUUCCAUUUAAAUAAAACACCCAAACUAUU